CACGCCCUAUUAAUUCCUCGUAUAUAAAGGCUUAUUCUACUUCAUUCUAAGGGUUAGGGUUCUACACUGCGGCUGCUUGCUUCAACCUCUUCUUCGCCCUCCGAUCCCUCGUAGCAGUUGAAGAAGUCCUCGUCCCUCCGUCACCAUGGGGAAGACACGUGGUAUGGGAGCUGGUCGCAAGCUGAAGUCCCACCGUAGGAGGCAAAGGUGGGCUGACAAGUCUUACAAAAAGUCCCACCUUGGAAAUGAAUGGAAGAAGCCAUUUGCUGGGUCUUCCCAUGCAAAAGGCAUUGUCCUUGAGAAGAUAGGUAUCGAGGCCAAGCAGCCAAACUCUGCUAUCAGGAAAUGUGCCAGAGUCCAACUGAUCAAAAAUGGGAAGAAGAUUGCUGCAUUUGUCCCCAACGAUGGUUGCUUGAACUACAUCGAAGAAAAUGAUGAGGUGUUGAUCGCCGGAUUUGGUCGAAAAGGUCAUGCUGUUGGUGAUAUUCCCGGAGUUAGGUUCAAAGUCGUGAAGGUUUCUGGUGUCUCCCUCCUGGCUCUAUUCAAGGAGAAAAAGGAGAAGCCUAGGUCCUAAGUUUGUUGGGAAUGGCAGCGUAUUUGUGUUUUACAUGGAUUUUUCAAAGAACCGAGCUGUUGCAACCUUUUAUCAACUAGAUUUUGUGGACUUAUCUUUAUUAAUCUUUAAGUAUUUUUUGGGUAAUUAAA